AUGGCACAACGUCUUGAAGAAGGCCAGCAGGAUCCCCUGCACAUCUUUUCGGAGUUUGACGACAUUGAGCGUCAACAACUCAUCGCCAAAAUGAUCCAUGACGACCCAAUUUUUAGCUAUGUCCCGCGGCAGAAUCUAUAUGCCUUAUGGUUCAGCGAUAUUAAUGUUCUCCGGGACAUGGCAAACGCGCGAACCGAGGAGCAGAAAUAUAUGCGGGAAACUGACCUAUGGAGAUUUUCCAUCUACGAUAUUGCUGGUGUAGCUAGUGAGGGGCAAUCCACUGAGGCCAGUCUUCGUAAACGCACUCGAUCUCGCUCUCCUACCGUUCCCUCCCCCGAAAGCACCUCCACUGUCCGGGAGCGCGACCCAUGGUCACCUUGGGAUGAGUGUGGGACCAAGGAAGAGAAGAAGGAAAUAGUGGGUGUCAGUUUAUCCGAGAGUGGUAUUCGUGAUGGUUAUCAAUGCGUGGUGACGAAGCGCGGACUACCAUUGAUUGAGAGUGCCUAUAUCCUACCAAAGAAGCUCAAUGGCGUGCAGGCUCAAUACCUCAAGCGAUCCAAUUGCUGGUUCUGGCUUAGGGGGUUCUGGGAUCAAGAGAAAGUCGACAAGUUGCACAGCUUGUUGAUAUCCGAGGGCACAAUGGACAUGGAGCGACUCUAUAACCAGAUCACUCUGGAAACCCAAGUGCAAACAUACUGGUAUCAUGCAAUGUGUGCACUUCGCCCUAUUUGGGUCAGCGAGGACCGAACCGAGAUGCAAAUAGCGUUUCAUUGGCUGCCUCUGAAAGAGAACCUGCCGGGGGCAGCAGAGCAUGUUCGGAGCGAUUUCGUCCCAAUUAUGGAGAACCCAUACCAGGAUCCAAAGUACCGACCUCGUGAGAGCCCUGGGAGGAAUAACAUCAUCUUCCAUACAGAGACGGUCGCUAUAAUCCCCUCGGGAUAUGUUUUCAUGGUCAAGACCGACAACAAGAAGGAACGGUCACCACCCUCCAUGGAACUGUUGGAACUGAGGUGGCACUUGUCUCGCAUUGCUUGUAUGCAGGGCAGAAGCGAGCACGAAGAUGGUGAUUAUGAGUCUGAUGGCGACUCCGUUUUCGUCUAA